AAACUUCCCAUGAAUAUACUUGAUCAUCAAGUUGCUUAUCCAAAGGACUUGUUAUAUUUAAAAAACUUUAAGUUGUUAGUGAUAUCUCUAACGUAAAUCAGUAAUUUUCAGUUGAACAUAAUUUAAAUGUUUACUAUUUUCUGGAAUUUUAUGUUUUUGAACGACAAUCAUCAUGCCAGAAUGGCCAAUGCGUGAACUGUCAACAGCGUCAAUUUGUUUCCUCCCGCCCGCACUGCACAUUGCUUUACGAGUUUGCGCGUAACAAAUGUUAUGUUGUAAACAAUUAAAUUUAAGCUAAAAUGUCUUAAUUAUACUGUUAGGUUUAUUUAUUCAUCAAUAUGAGUGACGAUACUGUGAUAAUAGAUGAUGAUGAUGACGAUACGAUGCAGAUCAGCAGUAUAUCCCCGAUAGUGGCUCAAACAAUUGAAACAAUUGAUUUAGAUGAAUCAGGAUCUGAUGAUGAGGUGUUGGCUAUUACAGACACAAGCGAAGCAAUAAAUUUGUCAAAAAAACUUGAUGGAGACAUCCUUAUGGACCAAAUCGUCCAUUUCUGCUUAAGCAUGGAGAAUGUUGUUGGUAUGUCGAGAGUUAUAAAAAAGACACUGAUACCUCUAUACCAAGAUACAAGUAUAGAACUCAAAAAUUCCCCAUCACUUAGAAAACUGUUGAGAAAAACAUUAAAACAGCUCAAAAUGGAUCCUGAUCAUAAAUUCUUACAUAUAAAGACUCUUUGUGAAAGCUUGAAGUCUGGUCGUGUUAAACGGAAAGUACCUUUUGUUACACUGGGCAAAAAUUUAAAAAAUAAGGACUCUAGCAAAACUGACAAUAUUGAGAGGACUUGUAUAUCUAACACUUUCCAUAUAGAAAAUGCACGUGAAGUUAAUAUCAACAUAAAUGCAUAUGAUGAAAGAUUGAGCAGUAAAGAAAUAGAUACUCCAAGACAUAGGAACUCAAGAACAACUCUUAGAACUAAAAAUCGCAAGACUAGAUGUAAACAAACAUAUGGAAAUAUUAUGAGUACGAAAAGUUUGCAAUCCACUGAAAAUAUUGAAGUCAUAGAUUUGGAUAAUUCUGAUACUGAAAAUACUAUUUCAAUUGAUCAUGAAACAUCACAUAACGCUGAUGCAGAUAAUAAUAAUAAAGAAAAUAAAACACAAGAAAUUAGAACAAAUUGCAAUGCGAAUAACUUAGAAGAUGACAAUAAAAAAAUAGUUACGGGUGUAAGAGACUAUGAUUUGCUUAUACCUAGUACUUAUUUAGAGGUCACUAGAGAAAAGGAUAACAGUGUUGAGAUACGCGAGUUAGAGGAAGAAAUUGUGAAAUAUAAAAGUAAGAUUGCUCAACUGGAAGAGGCUGAAGUUUUUGACGAUACUAAGAAUUCACCGUAUAUUUUAUGUGAUCUUUACAAAAGUAAACUAAUACACACCUAUAAGAGAAUAGCAAAGCUGAAGGGCUGCCGUACAGACAUCGCCAAGCGUCGGGAAAUACGCAUUAACGCCAAAGAGGGCAGGAUCGCUGGCCCAGCCAAGUUACUGGAGGACCGCUUAAACGAAUCGAUAGACGAAGAAGGAAGAGUCGCCUUUCCAGACUUCUUUGAAGUCCAGAAAUGCGUUGCAAAAUAUAAUAAAGAAAGUAAAUCCUGUUGGAAUCGAUACGAAAUUUUUAAACGAGCGACAGCACUGUUCCGUCACUGCGGGGAGGCGCUGCGCAAGAACCGGCAGAAACGUGAGUACCAGGACCUGCUGGGCUGGCUGCCGCGCGAGGUGCAGCUGGAAGACCCUGCGGAGAGGGACCCGCAGCUGCUGGCCACGCUCGAGGAGAACAAACUCGUCGCUCAAGUUAAAGAACAAGAAAUUCUAGAAAAAUACGUACACAUGGAAAACACGAUCAAAGCUGGUUUCGCAGGUAACCCUUUGGACUUUGAGCUUCAGCAGUCUUCUAGUGAUACAGAAAUAGAAAGUGAUAAUGACGACGACCACGACCAAAGUAGUUUCAAUAUUGGAGGAAAACCAGAUUUUCAAGCAAUAUUUUCAUCAAGUCUUCUUAACACUGAAAAUAAUGCCUCUAGUUUAACCGACGAGGCUUUACCUACUAUUAGUGCGUCAGCUGACCAGAAAAGUGAUAAUGCAUCAAAUUCUAAUUCAACCUUAAAUCCCGUUUUGAGUUCAGUUAGCCCUAGCGAAGGUGCGGAAAAUUCAGACGAAAAUACAAUAGAUACAAAGUGCGGUAUUAAAACAGAGAAAUAUGUUUCUAGGAUAGAAUUUCCCGAUACAGAUGAUUCUGAAACUAAUGUUAAAUCUGAAGAUGAAAUCAAAAUUAAAGAGGAACCUGUCGAUGUUCAAAAUAUGUUGGAUGAAUUAGGUGAUAACUAUGUUUCAACCGUGUUUGACAUUGAUGAUCCGUUCUUAGUAAUACAGUUAUCUUCUGAAUCUUCAGAUGAUGAAACGUGAUGCUAACAGCCUAAUGAAAUGUUGUCGUAAAUAGUAGGCAACUGAUACUGGUUUUUAAGACAAUUAUUUGUUAAGCAUAACUUACUAUAAUUUGCAUUGCGUUUAAUAAUAUUAAGCGCAUUUUUAAGAGUCGUAAGUAGAUAUCUACACAUCACAUCUACAUAUCUUGAUAGUUUUAUCUUUUAAGCUGUAAGUCUUCCACAGUAUACCUAAUAAGUAAAUAAAUAGUAACUAUAGUGAAAAUGAUGUAACGGUUAACUCACGCGUAAGUUUAAGUAUUUAUCGGGGGGUAGCCCGACUAGUUUCGGACGUAACAGAACAUCUACAUAUCAACCUUUUUUAUAUUAAUGAUUUUUCAGUUUCAGUUGUGUAUUAUAUCAAUUUACAUACCUACCUAUAUUUUUAUAUUUUAGAGAAAUCUACUCUGUAAAGAACGAAAAAAAUAAAUUAAAAGUUGGCCAAGUCCACAAGUAUGUAUAUUAGAAUGAAAAAUAUUUUAGAGCCUUUUUCCUUCUAGUUUAUUUAAACGUCUAAUGUUAAUAUUAUUAGCGUCGUCUGCUCGUAUUGAGUUUUAUUCUAUAGGGCUUAGUAGUUUAAAAACUACUAAGCACUAUAGAAUAAAAAUAGGACCGAUAUCUAUAUCGGUCCUUAUUCCUUAGGCACGGUAAUUAUUAUAGUAGGUACCGUACCUUAGGUGUAAAAAGUGCCUUCUACUCAGGAAUAGCCGACAUGUAACUAGGAAGACCGUUGAUGUGCAGCCGCGAUAUUUAAGGGUCGGUAUAAUUUAGAACUCUGAAGUUUGGAUAACAUAAUCCCAGUGCCGGCGUAAGGGCCACUGUCACCCCGGGCAAAAAUAUUGUGGCGCCCACUUGAGGGAAGCAAUAUCAAGUGUUAGUUUUUUGCUGAUCCCAAGUAAAAUUAUAUUAAGAAUUUCAUCUUUCCUUUAGCGUAAAGUUUGGCGAUGGAAGUAUUCCUCUAGUCUCCAACUUCAGACCUUAGCGCCCCCCAGAAUUUGUCGCCCUGGGCCAUCGCCCCAUCACGCCCCCCCUAACGCCGGCACUGCAUAAUCCUGCAAAUAUUGCUGCUACACGCAUUUCUAUCUUGCUGUUACCUGUGGGCUAAUAUGUGCCUUGAUUCACUUAGUCAUUUUAAUGUAUUUUAUGCUAACUGUAACGCUGGCUAAAAAGAUUUGUUUUAUUUUCCAGUUUUCUACGAUUUUAAGUAUUUAUAGGCAUGUCUAACGAAUGAUGUUAUGUAAGUCAAACUGAUGAAGUACACAUGGUAAUUCUAAUUAUGUUUAAGACAAAAUGUUAAAUAUUUAAGUAUAUAGUCACUAUUGUGUAGGAUUCAUUACUUACUAUGUAAUAGGCAGGCGUUGAUACUUACAAUUUUUAGUGUUGGUCAUAUAUGUAAUAAAUAGUUAUGCCAAUGUAGUCAGGAACACUUGGGUUUGAAGAUGCAUGCAACCAUAUUUAGUAAAAUGUUAUCAUAAAAGUUGUUAUUUUUCUUCACCUAUUCAUCAGAAGCUAAACGAGAACUAAAACAUCCGUAUUUUGUUGUGCACACCUUACCAUAACACUGGGACGUUUGUGACUUGUCUUCGAUUCCAACAGCUAUUGAAUAGGACUGAUUGAAUGGAGUUCGUGCAAACUUCGCAGCAGCUGGUUGUAAAUGACGUGAUGUAUCUCCAGUUAAUAUUUCUUCUCAUAAAACCAUCAACUUAACAAACUUAUUGAUCGCAGCAAGUAAAAAUAGGGGUGUAAAAUAAAAUAAAAACUUAAAACAAAAAACUAUGUAAAUCUACAGGGGACUAUGAAUCAGAACGCACGGUGUUUCAUUUUGUACAGAUUUAAUUCGACAGACUGUUAAAUAGGUACUUAUUACUGCUUUACAUUUAUUUAUUGGCCGUUGCUAUUAAUUCGGUACUGCUUGUUCAUACAAUAU